AUGCUCUCACGUGUUGCUGCAGUCAAGGCACCCCGCACACACAACCGUUGCGGCGUGAGCGGAUCCAGCGGCAGGAGGAGGGAAGGAAGAGAGAGUGAGCCGCAAAUGCCCAGCAUGUCCCGGCGUGUGUUUGCUUCCGCGGUGCUUCCGCUCUUUCUCUUCGUGAUGAUGUGCUGCGGCACUGGUGGAGCCGCAGCCAAUAAUAGGGGGGCUUCAGGUCAGGAAUCUUCACCGGGAAAUUGUAUUGAUUGGAGGGAUAUUAAAACAGGAGAAAAAGUGGGUGCGCUCCAUGCUCCCAGUCUUGUUGAGGUGAAUGGUGAUGUGUUUGCCGUUGCCGAGGCGCAGUGCACGAAGGAUGAAGGAUGUAUUUUUACUGGAAUUGCCUCGGAGCUCCUGGAAUUGAGUGAUAAAACGAAAAAAAAGGAGUUGGAUGAGAGCAAAUUGAAGACACAAGUACUGGAUGAAUGCUCUUCUUCGGAAGAAGGUCAAUGCCCCUCACAACCAGUGAAACAGGACGGUUCCCAAAGAGUGAUGAACAUACAUGUGGGCCGGCCAACAACAAUUGUGACGACAAGUCAGAUUUACAUGCUUGCUGGAAACUACAGCCGUACAGCUGCCGCUGGCACUCAGAAGAGUAAAGCACAUGAAUGGGGACUCUUGCUGGUGAGAGGGAACGUCAGUGAAGAACAGGGCAAAAAAAUAAACUGGAAUGAUACUUACCGUUUUCUCUGGACUGAUUUGAAAAAACAACACGAAUCUUGGUCAGGACUGAUUGGCGGCGGUGGAUCGGGUAUUAGGAUGGAGGACGGUACGUUUUUGUUCCCAGUGGAAGGCACGAAUGAAAAGAAUGGAACGACCGUUUCGCUGAUUAUAUACUUUUCGGCCAAUGAGGGUUGGACGCUGUCGAAGGGGAUGUCUGACGGUGGCUGCAGUGAUCCCUCCGUCGUGGAGCGGGAAAAGGGAAAACUCAUGAUGAUGACUGCGUGUGAUGGCCGCCGCAGGGUGUACGAGUCCGCUGACAAGGGGGAAUCGUGGACGGAGGCACUCGGGACACUCUCGCGCGUGUGGGGCAACAAACAUAAGCUACAUGAGAGGGGCGUUAGAAGCGGGUUCAUCACAGCGAGGAUUGACGGUGUUGUUGAUAAUAGAAAUGUGAUGCUCGUUACUCUGCCGGUGUAUCCCAAGGAGGACAGUAAAAAAGAAACGGACAAUAGAAAAGGAAAACUCCAUCUUUGGCUGACGGACAAUACGCACAUUGUUGAUAUUGGGCCGGUGUCCGAUGAUGACGCUGCCGCCAGCUCCCUGUUGUACAGAAGUGGUGAAAGUGAAACUAACAAGAAGGAGGAGUUGAUUGCACUGUACGAGAAGGAGAAGAGCGAUGAAGGAAAACCAUCACCCGGUAUGGUCUCUGUGCUUCUGACUGCGCAGCUGCAGCGUGUGAAGGAUGUGCUGGCGACGUGGAAGGAAGUGGACGACCGUGUCUCCAAGCUGUGCCCUUCUGAGAGCGCUGUGCAGGCUCCCUCAACUGACAGUGCCUGCAGCGAUGUUAAGAUCACGGAUGGGCUGGUUGGCUUUUUGUCCGGCAACUUCUCUGGUAGCACAUGGAGGGACGAGUACCUCGGGGUGAACGCCAAAGUAAAGAAUAAAGAUGGGGCAACCGAGGAUGCAGGGGCUGCGAGGACAACAAAAACUUCCGAUGGUGUGAAUUUCACGGGAGCGUGGGCGGAGUGGCCUGUUGGCAGUCAGGGGGAGAAUCAGCUGUACCACUUUGCGAACUACAACUUCACUCUUGUGGCAACGGUGUCCAUCGACGGUGAGCCAAAGGAGGGUUCUCCCAUUACCUUGAUGGACGCGAAGAAAGUUGACGAUAAUAAUCCCGUACUUUUUGGACUGUCAUACGACAAAGAAAAGAAGUGGAUAUUACUGUGUAGUGACGGGCCGAUCAAGGAGCACAGCAGUGCUUGGGAGAAGGAUACAGCACACCACGUGGUGAUUUUGCUACGGAACGGCACUCAGGGCUCCGCGUACGUCGAUGGUCAGCCUGUGGGUGGGGAUGUGCCCUGUGAAUUGAAAGUCACGGAAUCGAACGAGAUCUCCCACUUCUACAUUGGAGGGGGCGAACGCAAUGCAGGCGACGCAGGGAGCGAAGAAGGCUUGUCAGUGACUGUGACGAACGUCCUGCUGUACAACCGCCCGUUGAGUACUGCGGAGAUUGGCGCCUUCAACCCGAAUAAAGUCCUCAUUCCACCUGUGGUGCCUGACAAUGCCCAGGGAACCCAGUCGCAGUCGUCUUCUGGCGGGAAAUCGCCGUCGGGGCAUAAAUUGUUGAAUGAAAAUGAGGGUGCGGUCGGUGGCAGCACGUCCCCAUCAACACCGUCCACUAUAACGAAUUCAGAAAAAGAGCAAUCCGUAAUUCAGCUGCCUUUAGGAAUAUCCUCCGGUGGAAAAAAAAAUGUGGAUGUCGCUUCUCCAUCCGAUGGUGAUCCAAGGGUGGGAGCAGAAGCUGGAGGUGCUGUGCAGGGAGACAAAGCACCCCAAACUCCUGUGGAUACCCCCGACACAGCAGAUGCAAACGCUCCUACCGCUACGAAAGUGGCUCAAGUUGGCCCCGCAGCUACAACUGAGGUGGGCGCGAGCUCCGGUGCGAAUGAGGAGGCCGCGGGAGGAACUGAUGGGCAGGAGGAAGGAGUACAUGCACGGGACAGGGGAGUAAAUGCCACGGCACUCAGCAGCAGUCUCGGAAAUGUGUCGCAGGGGAAUAACAGCGAUGCCGGCACUGUGCGUGGGAGCGGACUGCUGCCAUCGCUGCUUCUUAUGUUGGGACUGUGGGUGUUUGCGGCUCUGUGA